AUGGGCGAAUCACGGAUAGUGACCCUUGUACUAUGUACAGGCCUCGCAUGGCUGGGCUUCAAACUUCUGCGUAUUGGCCGACGGGACAAGACGUUACCGCCCGGCCCGCGUACUAUCCCUGUACUUGGAAACGCGCACUUGAUUCCGUCAAAGUUUUCGUUCUUGAGGUUCGCGGAGUGGGGCAGGAAGUACGGUGGCAUAUACUCAAUCAAAGUGGCGAACGCCACAGUCAUCGUGUUGUCCGACAUGAGAGUGGUCAAAGAGCUUCUGGAUGACCGCAGCAGCGAGAUGUCGUCCCGGCCGUACAUAUACGUGGCAGAUAUCCUCUCGAAUGGAGAACCCUGUGUGGAGAGCGAGUCGGAGGCCUUAUCUUCACACAUAACGCGAUAUGCCUUAUCUUCCAUAAUCGACUUCGCAUUCGGAAAACGCGUGUUACAAUAUGACGGCCCCGAAAUGCAAGAUUUUCAAGCAUACAUCCGCAACUUCUCCAAAGCGCUCUCGCCAGAAUCUGCGCCGGUAGACUUGAUCCCGCCUCUGCGCUAUAUCCCAGACUUCAUGGCGCCAUGGAUGAAGCUUUGGAAUGAAACGCGCGCGCAGCAACAGUCGCUUUAUUUUUCGUUCUUGCGAUGUACGGAGCAAGGUUUGGAUAGUGGGAGUAGAGAACGUUGUAUCAUUCAGGCGAUAUUGGCCCGGCGCGAGGAGCUUGGUCUGACGCGGGAGAUGAUUGCAUACAUUGGCGGAGCGCUCAUAGAUGCUGGAACGGAGACGAUAUCGACUCUGAUGCAGUCUCUAAUUCUCUGUCUCGCGAAAAACCCGAGAUGCCUGAAAAAAGCGCAGGAAGAGAUUGACGACCUCAUUGGAGACAAAAGGCUCCCAAUUGCCAGCGACAUCGACGAAUUGCCAUACAUCCAAGCCUUAAUCAAAGAGUUGCUCAGAUCCAUCGCUUUCGACCUGUUCUACCCACUGGCCUUCCACAUGCGGCUAUCCAUGACUGUCAUGGGGGAUAUACCACAAUCCAGGUCGGUCAGCUCCAACAAUCUGCCUGUCUCUUAUCUCACCGAGAAUACUCCAGAGCUUUUCGAGCGUCCUGAUGAAUUCUGGCCGGAACGGUACCUACUCACCCCCGAUGGUACCAUUCCCGGUUUAGACAAGGACUAUACGAUACGACCGAAUCUACCAUUCGGGAGCGGAAAGAAUAUCUUGGUUAUGCGUCUGAUUUGGGCGUUUGACCUUGGACUGAAGGAAGGAUACGCUUCAGAGAACAACAUGACAUGGUCUCUAGAGGAAGAAUAUAUGGAUGGGCUUACGUUGUCACCGAAGAAAUUCGACAUCGCGGUCACUCCUCGAAGUAGUGUGAGGGCAAAAAUGAUCGAGGAUAGUUAUAUGAAGGUUGGAGACAAUGGUGCAGAUGACGAGGUCGCAGAAAGGUUGAGAAAGUCCAUGACGCUAGACGAAUCUUGGUGGAUAGAGUAG